GGGCGCGCGAGGCGGGGGUGGGGCGGUGGGGGUCCUCGUGGCUUCUGGGUCAGGUGCCAGUGUCUGACUUUCCCAAGCUCCGUUUGUGUGGGGAGAGGACGUGAGAACAGUACCUCUCCCACCACGCGUCCGGAGGUAAAAGGCGGCUCCUUUAGUGGAAAUACCGCCCUCCCGGCGCGGAGAGCCCCCGCUGCGGGCGAGCGUGGAACGCGUGGCGGUGCUGCAGCGUCCUACAGAACCAAAGAAGGCAGGCACCCAGCUAGUCCCGGCUGCGGGGGCCCGGAGUCUCCUGUUGACUGGACACCUUGGCCCUACCCGGACCUCUUGAGGGUGUUGAGCCGGAGGCUGAGGGAAGUAGGCUUCCCUUCCAACCCUUCGAAAAGGGCUUUUCGCCCCUGGCCCUAACUUUCUUUGAAACGGAAGUGGUCUCUUCAGCCUUUUGCAAUUGUUAAAAAAUGCAAUCUUGUGGGCAAAGAACUGUCUAACAGCUGAUCUUUUGUUUCAUAUAAAAAAUUAUUCACGUUCUAGGAGAGAGUGGAUUUGAAUUUUAGUGGACUCAGUGUAGCAAAACUUUUAUUCGUUUCAACUACUGGGCACGCUCAUCCUGACAGCACCGAGAACGUGAUGAUACAAGUUCUGGGCUGCUGCUUCAUAGAGAGCCAGCGUUUCUUCUGGCAAGUUCUGUCUUCCUUGGCUAUUAUGGUUUGUGUACCUAUGAUUUAAUUUCAGGUGGAUACCGGAGUAUCUGCCUUCAUAAAGUAUACUGCCUUCUGAUGCUCCUCGCCCCCUCGAAAUGAGAGGGAAAUCUCUUCCAAACAGGAUUCGUGGCUUACCCAUGCCUCUCUUUUGCUCUAACAAAUACAAGGUUUAUGCUGCGAGAGCUCCCUGGCGGUCUAGAGACAGCUAUGGGUUUUGAUCAGGGCCUGAGCACCAUGUGGACUGCGGAUGAGAUUGCCCAGCUGUGUUACGAGCACUAUGGGAGCAGGCUGCCCAAGCAAGGAAAGCCUGAGCCCAACCGCGAGUGGACGUUGCUCGCAGCCGUGGUGAAGAUACAACCCACAGCUGACCAGGCCUGCGACCGCUCUGACGGACCAGUGCAAGUGACAAAGGAAGUUGUCUCAAUGGGAACAGGAACCAAAUGCAUAGGCCAGUCCAAAAUGAGGAAGAGCGGUGACAUCCUCAAUGAUAGCCAUGCUGAGGUCAUAGCCAGAAGGAGUUUCCAAAGGUACCUGCUCCAUCAGCUCCACUUGGCAGCUGCCCUGAAAGAGGAUAGCAUCUUUCUCCCAGGAUCUCAGAGAGGACUGUGGAAACUCAGACCAGACCUCUUGUUUGUGUUUUUCUCCAGCCAUACACCCUGUGGGGAUGCCUCCAUCAUUCCAAUGCUUGAGUUUGAAGAUCAGCCUUGCUGUCCUGUCAGUAGAGAUUGGGCCAGUAACCCAUCAGUAGAAACUAGUGAUAACCUAGAAGCUCCUGAAGAUAAAAGGAAAUGUGAAGACCCAGAAAGUCCUGUGGCUAAAAAAAUGAGGCUGGAGCCCAGGACUCCUGGUGGUACAGCUCACUGUCAGAGUUUUGGCAGUCAGGAAAAGGGCCCAAAUCCACCAAAUGUCAGUGGCUCUAAUCUCACGGCAGAGGAACUGGCCAGUGUCACUGGAAUGACCCGUAGUGGUGCCCAAGUGAUGGAUGUUUAUAGAACUGGAGCCAAGUGUGUGCCUGGAGAAGCUGGAGACUCAAGGAAGCCUGGUGCUGCGUAUCACCAGGUGGGGCUGCUCCGAGUGAAGCCAGGCCGGGGGGACAGGACUUGUUCCAUGUCCUGCAGCGACAAGCUGGCACGGUGGAACAUCCUCGGAUGCCAGGGGGCACUGCUGAUGCACUUCCUAGAAGAACCCAUCUACCUGUCAGCUGUGGUCAUUGGAAAGUGCCCCUAUAGCCAGGAGGCCAUGCAGAGAGCACUGAUCGGGAGGUGUCAGAACGUCUCAGCUCUACCAGAAGGCUUUGGAGUUCAAGAAGUGAAAAUACAGCAGUCAGAUUUACUGUUUGGACAGAGCCGCUGUGCAGUGCAGACAAGAAAGGCUGACAGCCCAGGCCGACUUGUUCCUUGUGGGGCAGCCAUCAGCUGGAGUGCAGUGCCUGAGCAGCCCCUGGAUGUCACCGCCAAUGGCUUUCCCCAGGGGACAACAAAGAAAGGAAUCGGACGCCUCCAGGCCAGAUCCCGAAUCAGCAAAGUAGAGCUCUUUAGAUCAUUCCAGAAGCUGCUAAGCAGUAUUUCAGAGGACAAGUGGCCAGACUCACUCAGGGCGCAGAAGCUAGCGACGUACCAAGAGUACAAGGAGGCUGCAUCCACUUACCAGGAGGCCUGGAGUGCACUCCGGAAGCAGGCGUUUGGAUCCUGGAUCAGAAAUCCCCCAGAUUAUCACCAGUUUCAGUGAGCAACGGGUGCUUUCCAUUCAUUCAUCCUGGACUACUGUCUUUCUACAUACUGAACAGGCCUUAGAUUUUCUUGUGGCUGAUCAGGAAAAAAGACUGCCGUCUAUCAGAGCGAUAGAUCUCUUCUAUGUCAGAUGGAUGGAAUUUUGGACAUGAAACAAACUAUACUUGAUUGAACUAUGCUUUCAAACUGUGAUGCUGGAGAAGACUCUUGAGAGCCCUUGGACAGUAAAGAAAUCAAACCAGUCCAUUGUAAAUCCUGAAUAGUCAUUGGAAGGACUGAUGCUGAGGCCAAAGCUCCAAUGGCCACCUGAUGCAAAGAACUGACUCAUUAGAAAAGACCCUGAUGCUGGGAAAGAUUGAAGGUAGAAGGGGAAGAGGGCAACAGGAUGAGGUGGUCAGAUGGCAUCACCAAUUCAAUGGACAUGAACUUGGGCAAAUUCUGAGAAAUGGUGAGGGACAGGGAGGCCUGGGGAGCUGCAGUCCAUGGGAUUGCCAAGAGUCGGACACUGCUUGGCAACUGAACAAUAACUACUUGAUUGAAGUAGCUCUCUGCUAAAACAGCAUCUUGCUAAUGACCUUGGUGUGUGUCCUGUAUUUUAUUGCUUCUCUAAGAAUAAGAAUUUGGAAUGUGAUGCUGUAGAAGUACUCCGCAGUAGCUCGAUUUAGUGUGUUCCUCAUUGAUUCAGCAAGUAUUGGGCUGAGAUGAUGUUUGAAUCUCUGUAAACUUUAGAGCUUCACCUGUCAUAAUGGACAUGUGUUUUGUAUACCCAGCCUUGCUUCCUUUGAAGAACCACCCUUUUUUGCUUUAUCCCUGAGACUCGGGUGAAGCGAACUUUCCUCGUUGACUCCAGCAGUGUGAGCCAACCCUGAACAGUCCUGGAACUAAUACCAGAGCAAUCGGGAAAGAUUCCCUCUCUUCUCAUAUUGGGAGCUGUGAGCGCCAGGUAACCCAGGACUGCCUGGGGCUGCCUUUGCCCACUGCACAGAGACAGCCAGCUGGAGAACAAGGUGAUGAAGGAAACAGCCCAGAGGAUGAAGGCUCUCGUGACCUUGUCUGAGUGCCUGAAACUAGUGCUCACUCUGGACUUCAACGAUGUGAGAUAAAUUGCUCUUGUUAUUUUGAGUAAGCCCCUUUGACUCCGUUUUCUGUGACUUUCAUUGGAAAGAGUUCUGUCUAAAAGGCCAAACAAAAGUCCCUAUAGCAACUCAGCAGCACACCAGAAACCAGGCCUGUUUUUCCUAACAUCUAGUAUUUAACUCAGAGAAGGCGAUGGCACCCCACUCCAGUACUCUUGCCUGGAAAAUCCCAUGGACGGAGGAGCCUGGUGGGCUGCAGUCCCUGGGGUCGCGAAGAGUCAGACAUGACUGAGCGACUUCACUUUCACUUUUCACUUUCAUGCAUUGGAGAAGGAAAUGGCAACCCACUCCAGUGUUCUUGCCUGGAGAAUCCCAGGGACGGGGGAGCCUGGUGGGCUGCCGUCUGUGGGGUCACACAGAGUCGGACACGACUGAAGUGACUUAGCAGCAGCAGCAGUAUUUAACUCUCAGCCUCUUCACACUCUAAUAUAUUGACUGAAAGUGGAAGUUCUCUGUGUUGGGAUUGCUCAAGGACCUUGUUCGUUCUUCAGUAUUUCUUUAUAGCUUUAAAUAUUUUUAACAGCUUUAUUGAGAUGUAAUUCACAUACAAAAAAUUCAUCCACUUAAAAUGUACAGUUUAGUGGUUUUUAGUAUAUCCACAAAGAUGUGCAUAAUCACCACAAUCGAUUUUAGAACAUCUGUGUUCUCAAUUGGGAGUGGGGGGCGCUGUCUGAUCCAGUACAGUACCCAUUAGCAGCCGCUCUUCAUAUCCUCUCAACACCCCCACUAACCCCAGGGCAAGCAGCAAUCUAUGUUGUGUCUCUAUGGAUUUGCCUAUUCUGAACUUCUUAUAUAAAUAACAUCAUACAAUA